AUGAAAAUAAACGAUGAUACAGUGAUUGACGAAGAACAACCAGUGGAACACGUCAGUGCGAUUGGUCUUUGCUACGCGGAACAACCAAUGCGCAUAGAAACAGCUUGUCCUUCGCAACCAGAGCAGUUUGUGGCAGCAAUCCAGAAGCAAUAUCCUGAUCUACCGUGGUUUGCUGAGAUUGCAAAUUUCUUAGCUGCUGAAAAGGAGCCUCAGAAGUUCACGGGGAACGAGAAGAGAAAAUUCUUAAGAGAGGCAAGGCACUACUUCUGGGAUGAGCCUUAUCUAUACCGACAACGCAAGGAUGGGAUCUUUAGACGAUGCGUUCCGGAGGCUGAAAUUCCAGGGAUCCUACACCACUGCCACGGAUCUUCCUACGCUGGACACUUCGCCACAUUCAAAACAGUCUCCAAAAUUCUCCAAGCGGGAUUCUGGUGGCCAACAAUGUUCAGAGAUGCUCACGCUUUCAUAUCCAGAUGUAAUGCAUGCCAGCGAAUGGGCAGUAUCAGCAAAAGGAAUGAGAUGCCUCAGAACUACAUAUUGGAAGUUGAGGUGUUCGACUGCUGGGGAAUAGAUUUUAUGGGACCUUUCCCACCUUCUCACAAGAACGAGUACAUCCUGGUUGCAGUCGACUAUGUCUCUAAGUGGGUAGAAGCAUUGCUAGUCCGACCAACGACGCACGAGUUGUAA